CGUGGUUUAACUUUUGGUGGGGCGUGGUCUCAUAAGUGGGCGGGUCCAAUUAUGGAAAUUAUGCGGGGGGCUUUUAAGUGGGCGGCGGGGGCGUGUAAAUCUGGGCGCGGUCAAAUUAUAAUAUGGGGGUGUGGUUGUUAGUAUGGGCGUGUGGCUUCGUUGCUCAUUGGCUUUGCUGCGUAUGGGCGGGGCUCAGCCCGCCGCAUCAUUAGCAUAUGUUAAUGAGCUACCGGGCACCCCAUGUGCGCCGAGAAGAUGGCGGCGGAAGCGUGGUCUCUUGUUCUUUUUGUUGUUGUUGUUUUUGGUUGUUGUGAUGUUUGUUGUUGUUGAUGCGAGGGCAACGGCGGCGGCCACGGAAGCAACAAUCUCGGGAACGGGCAGCAGCGCAAGGGCCAACAACAACAACUCGACAGAGCAGACUUGGUUGUUGUGGUGGUGGUUGUGGUAGUGGUGGUUGUUGUUUCUCGGAUUGUGCUCUAGAAAGUUUUGCCAGGAGGAGGAGGAAGAGGCGGGGAGCUGCUUGUGUCAGCUGUUGGACAUUUAAACAGCCAUUGCUGCAUACACAACAUCGCCAGCAGUUGUGAUCGGCAACAACCAGCAGCAAGAAUCUGGGUGGUUGGGCAACCCCCACGUCUACACCGUGAAGCGGGUGGUGGAGUGGUGCCGCGAGAAGACGAGGAGAGAAAGAGCGAGCAGGAGCAAGUGAAGUUGACGAUAUAAGGGAGAGGAGGGUUCAGAAAGUGGCGGAGAGAGAGAAACUGUCAAGUUGUGAGGAGAGACGCGAGCGAGCACGGGACGAGUGGAGAGAGAGGGUUGAGGGAGAGAGACGCGAGGCGAAGGAAGAACGCGAGGGAGACCAUCUCGGCUCAUGCCGCCGCCUCCUCUUUGACGAAGAAGGCCGCCCCAGGAGGGCAAGAGGAGUGAGGAAGGGCAGGGGCGGGAGGAUGGAGAGCAGCAGCAUCAGCAGGCCGCCUGCCUGGCGCCGUCUCCUCGCGUCGCAGCGCUGCGCGACUCGCCUGGGCUGACCGAAGAAGCGGCGGCGGCGGUGGUGGGCGUUGGGAGACGUAGCGAACUUCACUUGCGGCUCUUCUGGAGUUCUUCCGCGCCCCUUACACCCUCAUCACCGUCACUAUCAUCAUCUACCUCGUCAUAUUUGUUGACUUAUUAAUUUCCUCACAGCUCUUCCGUCAACCUACUCGCCCAUUAUCAAUACCAACGCCGCCUCGUCACCAUCAUCGUCUCGGCGUCGUCUCAGGAGUUUUAGUUUAAACGCCAAGCGGCCAGCAACAAAGAGCACUCUCUCGGUAGCUGAGGGGGGGAACCACGGCGGAGACACGAAGAUGAGCAAGGAACGGCCCAAGAGACACAUCAGCAAGAAAAGACUGGUGAGUGAGCGGGAGUACAACCAUGGAAUCCUGUGGUGGGAGGAGCGUUACAUCCAGAAGGCGCUCUACCGCUCCCUUCGCGACGAGAGGGGCGCCAAGAAGGGGGGCGCCCCCACGCGCGCCCCCCACGCCGCCAACACCGCGAUGGGCCGUGGAAAGGGGCCGCAGUUGAAGGCCGGGUCCCUCUCUAGACUGGCUCGGAGCGGCCUCCCCACAGUCCUGCCCUGCAAACGCAAGCGCGACAAGGGCAGGGAGGGCAGCCCUGCCCCCACUGCCGGGGCAGGGGCAGCAAGCGAGGAGGGAAACCUUCGCAAGAAACUGCGGGCCCAGCGCAAGUUUGCACAGUCUCAGCCGGGCAGCCCGGGCGGCACCCCUGUGAAGGCGCCCGAGCCGCCCCCCUCCGCCCCCGCCAGCCACAUGGUGGAUGUGUGUCCCAAGCGGCCCAAGACGGAGGACUUCCUCACCUUCCUCUGCCUCCGAGAUUGCAUUGGCGCAGGCACCCACGCCCUGCCCCGGAGCAUGGAGCUGUUCGGCAGGGCCUCCGACGAGUGGGACGACGAGGAGACGGCGGCUGAAGAGGCGUCCUCUUCAUCGUCCUCCACCUCCUCGGCGUCAUCGGUGGUGGCGGCGGCGGCGGAAGUGGACGGGGAAGGAGGAGCGACGACGAUGGCGAUGGAGGAGUCGGCCCUCCCCGCCUCCCCCACCUCGUCGUGUCCGUCCACACCUCGUCGCAACCGCCCCGGCGCGCGCCCCCCGGCCAGCAACGGGCACGUUUGGUCGACGCCGACCAGGCCGUGCCGGCCACCGCAGCAGGCGCAGCAGCAGCAGGCGCAGCAGCAGCAGGCGCAGCAGCAGCAGAGGCUGAGGAGAGCGGUGGCGGUGCGCGCUGGCACUGUAAGGCCCUUCCCGGAGGGCCUUGGCGGCACUGCGAUUGUGCCCGUGGUGGUGGUGGUGGGCAGACCGGCGCCCCCUUCGCUGGCCCAGCGUCGCCCGGUCACCACGACCACCGCGCCGUCACCAAAGGAUUCUAAACUCCCGAACGGUUCUCCGUGCGCCAACUCGGCCGGCAAGGUGCGGGCGGCGGCAGCGGCGGCGGCGGCGGCGGCGGCGGCGCGUGCCGUGGCGGCAGCCCGCAUGCAGCCACGGUCUUCGCGCUGCGCCAUCGCCAUCCGCAACGGCCACGUUUACUGUGCUAAGGGCCGGCGCCACUCCCUCCGCAGCGCCGGCAACGGCGGAGGCAGCGCCGGCGAUGAUGGCGGCGGCGAUGGCGCCGCGCUACGGAGCGGCUCUUCCCCACGGCCGCCCCCUCGCCAGGGCCACGCCGACGCGCCAGUCACGCGACGGCAGAACGGCGGCAGCGGCGGCGGCCGCAGUUCGUGCCGACCGACGCUCCGAGCCAAUGGGCUGCUGGCGCACGGCGCUAGCCGCGCGGAAAAGUCGGGCGGCGCGGACAUUGCAACGCCGAAGCUCGGGGCGACCGGAUCCGACGCAGCCGGAAAGUCCGGCGGCCGCAUCAUCUCGCGUACGCAGCCGGCGCCGCCGGCGCCAUCGCCGUCUCCGUGUCUCGCCGGGAAGCAGAGCGGCGACGCCGGCUACACCGCAAAAAUUAACGGCUGUCUGAGAAAGGGGGCGGCCGUCAGGGCGCUCGGACGGAGCGGGGACGACGGGGAGCGAAGGCCGGCGAGGGGAGCGCAGGCGGCAGGGACGGCGGUGGCGCGGCGCCAUUGGCGCCCCACCGCGGGGGAGGCAAAGCUGACGCGCUCGGUGAGCGAGCAGCUGCACAGGAAGGCGAUGGCCGCGGAGAGGACGGCGGAGGCGGAGAGGGCGAGAAACGACAGCGGCGAUCGCGGCGGGGCCAGCACGGGACCAGCGCUGCGGUCGAGUUCUGUCCGGCGGGCGGCCAACGGAGACCCCGAUGAGAAGGCGGCGGCGGCGGCGGCGGCGGCGGCGACGACGGCGACGGUGACUGUGACGCUGGUGAAGACGCCGGUGGAGAGGCCGAGGGCACGGAGCGAGCGGGACGGGGCGGAGGCAGCGACGCACGGCGCGAAUGGCAAGGCAGCCGAGAUCGCCCGGCCGCGGCUCGGGACCACGACGACCGCCUGUCCCGCUCGGAGCGAGAAGCCAAAAAGCAACAAUGGCAACAACAGCAACAAGAGGGCGAAGCCCACGACCGCCGAACCGCCCGGCGCAACGGCAGGCGGCGCCGGCUGCGCGGAAACGGCGGCUGAAGACGAGCCGGGCGCCGGGGAAACCGGCGGAGCGAGACCGACCACUCCCGCCCCGCCGCAACCGUCGGCCCCGGCCUGCAGCAGGACCAGGGCCUCGGCCGAUUCGCCGGGCAGGUCGGCGCGGUCGGCGGUGCCGCCGGCCGCCCCGCCAUCGGACCUCUCCGAGAUCCCUACCCUGCGCCCGAGCAGCCGCGAGUUCCAGGAUCCCGUGGCGUACGUGGAGAGCAUGCGCGGGCACGCGGAGGCGUUCGGCGCGUGCCGCGUGGUGCCUCCCGCCGACUGGCGUCCCGAGUGCAAGUUGCACGAGGACAUGCGCUUCGUGACGCGUGUGCAGCACGUGCACAAGCUGGGCCAGCGCUGGGGCCCCAACGCUCAGCGCCUCGCCUGCAUCCGCAAGCACCUCCUGGCACAGGGCAUCGCGCUGCACGAGCCGCCAGUCAUCGGUGGCUGUGAGCUGGACCUGGCGCGCUUCUCCCAGCUGAUGGGCGGGAUGGGCGGCGUGCACCGUGUGGUGGGCACGCGUCCAUGGAGCCGUCUGGCGGACCAGCUGCGCGUUCCGCGCGGCGCCCAAGACCGCCUCGCCAAGCUGCAGGAGGCCUACUGCAAGUACCUGCUGGCGUACGACUGCCUGGCGCCCGCCGACCGACAGCAGCUGCUGCGUGACGUGCUGGCGGAGAAGCGGCGCCUGGAGCAGGAGCAGCAGGAGGAGGAGGGCGCGGCCGCAGCAGCCGCCGCGAACCAGCAGCAGCCGGCGCCCGGGCCGUGGAGGAGAGGUCGUUCGGCCGGGAAACCGAUCGCUGAACCACGCAAUGGCCACAUCAACGGUGCGGCGCUACGCCGCGGCGCCACCGCAGCGGCAGCAGUCGGCGCUCGCUCGCGGGGACACCAGGCUGGCCACGGCGGCGAUGACGGCGACACCGGCCUCAACACCUCCUCUUCUGCCAGCGUCAACGGCACCGCCGGCACCACCGGCAACAGCACCACCGGCAGCAGCACCAGCAGCAGCACCAGCACCACCAGCAGCAGCACCAGCAGCAGCAGCAGCACACGGAGGCGCAGCGUGGACACCGGCAGAGGCGAGGAGACGGCGCCAGGCAGAGAGGCGGCGUUCCUGCACGGCCUGCAGGACUGCGUGCUCAAGGGGAAGUCGGUGACCCUGACGGCGUUCUACCGCAUGGCGCGCAACACCGUCGCCAUGUGCUUCAGCACCGAGGAGCCUGCUGCCUGCGAGGUCGAGCAACGGUUCUGGCAGCUCGUGGAGGAGCGUGAUGCGCACGUCGCAGUGCACUGCGGGAAGGUUGACACAAAGACUUCUGGGAGUGGAUUUCCAGUCUCCAAAUCGGAUUCCUUCUCCAGGCACGGCUGGAACUUGACCGUUCUCCCCAGCAACCCGGCCUCGGUGCUGCGUCACCUGGGCACCGUGUCUGGAGUGACUGUGCCAUGGCUGAACAUCGGCAUGAUCUACUCCACCUCGUCGUGGGCCCAGGACCCCCACCUCCUCCCCUCCAUCGACUUCCUGCACACGGGCGCCGACAAAAUAUGGUACAGCAUCCCGGCGGGGCAGCAGGAGGCGCUGGAGAGAGCGGUGCUCUCCCUGUCACCGGCCAACGGGAAGCCGGCGCUCGAGUUGCUGCAGCAGAACAUUGUCUCCCCGGAGGCGCUGCGCCGCGCCGGCGUGCGCGUGCACCGCGCCGUCCAGCGCAGCGGCGAGUUCCUCGUGGUCUUCCCCGGCGCCUGCACGGCCAACGUCUCCUGCGGCUACAGCGUCUCCGAGGCCGUGCCCUUUGCCACCGCCGGGUGGCUGCCCACGGCAUGGCGCGCCGCGCAGACGCUGAGGGAGCGGCGCUCCCCCAACGUGUUUGCGGUGGAAAAGCUCCUCUACCUGGCGGCCGUAGCGGAGCUGGAGAGGGAGAACGCAGCGGCACUCGGACACGUCGCCCCGCUCCUGCAGACCCUCCGGGACGUGGAGCUGCGGCGGCGGCGCCGUCUCUUUGAGGCCGGCCUGCGACUCUCGGCGCGGCACGGAGCCGCCCCGGAGGGUCCCCACGCGCCGGGCAGCCCCAUGGUGGUCCGUAAGCGCGUGCGGCGCUCCCCCGGCGAGCCCGAGUCACCAGAGAGACGCUGCCAGACGUGCCGGCAGCUCUGCUACCUCUCCAUGGUGGUGCAGGAGAGCGACGGCACCGUGUUCUGUCUGGAGUGCGUGCUGGCCCACGUCAAGGAAAAGAAGACGUGCCGCGGUCUGAAGAUGAUGUACCGCUACGACGAGGAGCAGAUCAACAGCCUGGUGUACCGGGUGACCACGGCGGUGGCGUCGGGCGACGGCACCGCCGCGUCGCCAUCGCGGCCCAAGAGAAGCUCGCGCCGCACUCGCCACGGCGGCCCAGCGACGCCGCCGCCACUGGCGCCGCUCACUCGUACGCGGGACUCCCCCGAGCUCGCGACGCCGGCACCGUCUCCGCCGCCGCCGCCGCCGCCGCUUGCCACCUCCAAGCGGCUCCAGGGCCUCUCCUGAGCCAGGUCGCCGCCGCUGCACGACGACCGCACGAGGAGCAGCAGCGGGAGGAGAGCGUUAGGGCCGCCGUGCCGAUCUCAUCGUGGGGAGCGAUGGAGGCGGCCGUCCUGAUGUCGGCUGUUCUGCCCCGCGUGGUUCGGGCGCCGUUGACCGCGACCGUGUUGGCGGUUCGGGCCGCAGUCGCCGAGACGGGUCUCGGUGCGGGUCUACGGGUCUCGGUGCGGGUCUACGGGUCUCGGUGCGGGUCCGUAGGUUUCUCUGUGACUCUGUAGGUCUCGGUGCGAGUGUACGGGUCUCGGUGCAAGUCUAUGAGCGGACGGUGGGAGACUGUAGGCGCAGAAUGCGUUGGUAGUGAGGAGGUGCAAUGGUGGUGGUGGUGGUGGAGAAGGCGGCGUGGCGGUGGCAUCAGCAGUGGCUCUGGCCACGACAAUGUCUCCAUGGGUGAUCUCGGAGCUGCGCAUUUCUCUGGAUAAUCCUCAUUCCUCUCUGGGUCUUUAAGGUGUCAUGUUCCCCUGGAGGGACGUUUCUUGGGAUGUUGUCGACAAUUACCUAGCGAGCGUGAAAGGAUUUCAGGUCUAGCCAAUGGUUGUUUUUGCUUUCUUGAUAACAUUGAUAUUGUGUUUUGUUUAAAAUUGAAAGCCAUUCAAGGUGAGAACGACGCAGUUCCCCAGUAGUCGUGGUGAUGAUGAUGAUGAUGAUCAUGGCGAUGACGUCACGCUGAGCGGCGGUGACGUCACGCUAAGCGGCGGUGACGUCACGAUUCACAAUGGUGCUUGCGACGUGAUGGCUUCAUGCCACAGUUGGGCUUGAGAAACAAACAUGGUGCUUGCCCUUAAACCAGGAAAAUGCCACGUUCACGGAACAGCAGGAACGCACGAGCUGUAAUGCUGACCCGCGUGCGUUCACGCGCGUGGGGAGCGACGGUCAGUGCGUCGUGAGUCCCGGCCACCCCGCUCGCGGCCAGUACCGGUGACUAAUAUCUAAACAGGCCCUGGGCCCUCCCGUAGGGUUGACUCGGCCUGAAACGAUUACCCGGUGCGGUGAGCGUGCAGACAUCAGCACCGGCGAGACGGAGGCGGGCAGCAGGCGUGGCGCUCGGGCACACGGCGCCCACACGUGCUGCGGCGACCUUCGCAGGCGCUGCCCGUGAGCAGCCCUGGCAGCCCAUGGGGCGGGGUGCUCUGUGCGUCUGGCCUUCUCGACCGCUAGGCUGGUCGCAAGUCGCUGACAACGAUUGGUCAUUUGUUAGUCGACCUGUGCGUGCGUCCAUGUGCAUGCGUCCAUGUGCGUGUGUGUACGUGCGUCCACGUGCAUGUGUGCACGCACGCGCACGCGCGCACGCC